AUGUCAACUAUUGGUGAAACAAUAUUUGAUCGUUCAUCAGAUAAUCAUGAUGAAGUAUGGGAUGAUACUGAAUUAAUUCGUGCUUAUGAUCGUGCUCAUCGACAGAUUCAAAAUCGUCUUCGUAAUAAUCCAAAAACAAAAAAAGAUUCUUCAAAAAAUAAAAAUUCUCCAUCAAAUUAUAAACAAAAAUCUAAAAAAGAAGAUGUAACAUCACAUUCAAAAGAAUCAUAUCCGAUUCCAAUACCAUUAAAUAUGAUAACUCCACCAAAAAAUGAACAAGAUGCUUAUCAAUCUAUGUUAAUGUCAUGGUAUAUGGCUGGUUAUCAUGCUGGACAACAUGCUGCUAAAAAUUGGAAAAAAGACAAUUAA